CUCCCCGCCUUCCCAUCCGUCAGCAGGCCGGGCUCGUGGGCUGGGGGACGCCUCGGUCGCUCCCACCUGGCACCCCAGCCUCCAGGAGCAGCUGAGGAGCCCGGAAAAUCUCCCCUGGCCUGAGCAGCUUUAAAAUCGAACAUCUAAUUAACACGCCUGUUCGUGUUUUUAUUGGAUUCGCUUCAAUAAAAAACAAAUGAUGGCACACAUUCAGAGAAGCGAAGAAACGAAAGCCUACAGCUUGAUGAGCAAUUUCUUGGUGAACGCCCAGUGAAGAAGGAACGAGUCUCAGGUCUGGAAAUAGACAAUUAUUAGCGUUGAAGUCGCCUGAGUCCACCGCUUCUGAAAGAGCCAGACUUCACACUGAGCAGCUGCAGACGGAAAAACCAGAGGAAGCUCAACCCAGCCCCAGAUUCCGAGGGGCCAGUCGGGGACUCUCCUGCCGGCGCAGGAGGACCUCUCCGGCCAGGUCCGGCUGCCAUGGGCCUUGCCGCCGCCCACUGGCUGUGCUCUGCACUGCUGGGCAGAUAAGAGGUGCUGCCCGGAGCACCUGCCACCCCUCCGAGGGCCACUCCUCCCAGGGGCCAGCCCUGACCAUCGAGGCCACUUCUGGGUCCCGAGGCCAUGUAGACCCCACCCAGGGCCUCAGUGUCUAGACCGGCCACCAUCUCUCCAGGACUUUGCCUCUGCUGCCUCGGGGAGCCAGCGCGCCACCAUGCCCCGGAGACUCGCCUGGCUGCGCUAUCUCGGCGUCCUGCUGGGCAUGACCUUGGGGAACAAAGACUUGCAGGUGCGGCCUUUGCCCCAGAACCUGCAGGAGGAGUGUGAUGUGACAGGCUUUCUGCGCGACAAGCUGCAGUACAGGAACCGUCUUCAGUACAUGAAGCACUACUUCCCCAUCAACUACAGGGUCAGCGUGCCUUACGAGGGGGUGCUGAGGAUGGCCAACGUCAGCAGACUGCAGAGGGAACAGGUGAGCCAGCAGGAGCUGCGCUACCUGUGGGUCUGGGUGAGCCUCAGCGCCACCGAGGCAGUGCAGGAGCUGCUGCUCGACAGCCACCCGUCCUGGACGUACCUGCAGGAGGUGCAGACACUGCUGCUGGACAUCCAGCAAGGCCUCCUGGACGUGGAGGUCAGCCCCAAGGUGCAAUCACUGCUGUCACUUCUGAGUGCUCCAGGACUGAACUUGAAGCUGGUGCGACCCAAAGCCCUACUGGACAACUGCUUCCGGGUCAUGGAGCUGCUCUAUUGCUCUUGCUGUAAAGCAAGCUCUGCCCUGGCCUGGCAUGACUGUGAGGUGCCCAGUCCUCUGCCCCCCGGCCCCGAGCCCUCCUCCAAGUGUGUGGUGCCCCCGAUGUACUCUCAGCCCCCAUCUCCCCCCACCGCCCUUCCUCGCUCCCCAGGAGCCAAGGCUGGGCUCCCCCCUCAGUGAGGCUGCUAGGGGUCCCCCAGGUAGGGCCCCCCUACACCAAGCGGCCUGUUUGUGACCUGAGGGCAGCUGCCAUGCUGCUGGGCCUUAGUCUUAGGGGUGGUGGGACCCAGGAAGGGUGUUGUUCCCCGGAGGGGGAUUCCUGAAAGGCCCCUCUGGCCACUGGUGGCCAGCAGGAGUUCAGGACCCCUCUCGGCACCACCCGGUGCUGACUCACCUGAGGCCUGCAUGGGGGGAGGGGGGUGGGGGGAGGGGUCAGCCCUGGUCACACGCCACAUCUUGCCACAGUGAACACAGUGAACACAGUGAAUGCUUGUCUUGUUCCUUAGAAUUUUUUUUUUUCUAUUAAACAUCAGCUUUGUCUCGUCUCCUUCGGACUUGGUUUGAAUUUUGGGGGAUGAAUUAGGAGGGGGCCGGGCAGCCUGCUCCCGCUGGCAGCUGCAGCACCCAAGCAGGAGGCGGGGUGUGAUGGGCAGGGUCCUCGGAGCCCACGGGGCCAUGGAAGGGAGGUGGAGGGCGGGCCUCACGCUGCAGGCAGAGGAGGCUGUUAGUUACAGUACAACUUUAUUAAUACUGGAAUCUUCACAGUGCAUUUGUUACUUGUAGCGGUGACUACUGAGAUCGGGGAGGGGUGGAGGGAGGGGUGGGGGGGAGGGGGAGAGGAUAAUUUCUCCCAAAAACCGACAGAGAGAAAAGGAACAAAAAAUGAUUCAGACGGGAUGGGGGUGGGGGCAGGCCCACCCCCACGCCGUGGCAGGUGAGAGUAGUGACGAAAGAAAACAUGAGUCAGAACCAGGAGAGGGAGACCUGGGAUGGGGAAAUAAAUUAAAAAAAAAAAAAGUAAAAAAGAAAAAAAAAGGAACAAGUUAACAACAGCACCAGAAAA